CCCUCAGCUGCCGUGCAGGCCGGCUCGGAGGGGCGGUGCUGGACCUCCCUCUGUAACUCCCGGCUGUAUAGGCUCCGGCACUCCUCUCAGGGAUGGAGAGCGUAGGCGAGCAGCAGCAUGCUCUCACCCUUUGACAGCGACGAAAAUCAACAAUGAAAAAACUAUCAGGAGCCGAGCAGAAAUGCGCCAUGCCGGGAGCGGCGCGGUGGUAGCGCAGUUGUCCCGCAAUGAGCCGCGGACCUCCGGACCGGCGUGGAGCUGGACGCGACAUGAGGGCAAUCUGGAUCCUGACUGUGAUCGCCCUCAUCACCGCUCAGACUGCCGGGGGAUCCGCGCUGGUCGUGGAGCCAGAGGUUUUUCUAGAGAAGUAUGGCUACCUACACCAUGACAACCACAUCCACAAUGCAGAUGAGAUACAGUCAGCUGUCAGCAAGUUCCAAUGGUUGUCCCGACUUCCUGUCACCGGUGAGCUGGACAUUGCCACUCUGAGACAGAUGUCGGAGCCCCGCUGUGGGGUGUCAGAUGAGGGCAGUCAGCAAAUCUGGGCAGAGAGGGUAUACGUCAUCUUCAGUGGAAAGAGACAACCACAGCGGCGCGGAAGGCGCUCUGCUGCACAAGCUGAGAAGUGGUACAAACGUCAUCUGACCUACCAGAUAGUGAACUGGCCUCGCCACCUGCCGCUGGGCUCCGUGCGGCUGGCAGUGCGCGCUGCCUUUCAGCUGUGGAGCAACGUGUCGGGUCUGGUGUUCCAGGAGGUCCCCAAAGGUCCUGCAGACAUCCGGCUGGCCUUUUAUGAGGGAGAUCACAACGAUGGGGCCAGCAACGCUUUCGACGGGCCAGGAGGAACUCUGGCUCACGCCUUCCUGCCCCGUCGCGGGGAAGCGCACUUCGACAGGGCUGAAAGGUGGACGCUAAACGGGCACAAGGGACACAACCUGUUCAUGGUGACCGCUCACGAGAUCGGACACACUCUGGGACUGGAGCACUCCCCUGUGCGUCACGCCCUCAUGUCGCCGUACUACAGGAAACUGGGCCGCAGUCUGGUGCUGAGCUGGGACGACAUCGUCGCAGUGCAGCAGCUGUAUGGUAAACCAUCAGGCGAUCGCCCUGUGAGGAUGCCAGGCCAGGUUUUGCAUGCUGCACUGCAGGAGUGGGAGUUCACAGAGCUUCACAGCAAGCAUCAGACCACAGGCCAGCCUCUCUACUGCCAGGGUGUCUUUGAUGCCAUCACUAUGGACCAGAAUGAGACGGUACUGGUGUUUCGGGGCAGUGUGUACUGGACGGUGUCGGCUGCAGGAGAAGUGAACGGCCCGCUGCCUCUCGGUCAGCGCUGGUCUGACCUCCCUCUGGCCAUCGAGGCUGCUGCAUUCUCCCCUCUGGACUCCAAGUGGUACUUUUUCAAAGGGAAGCGGAUGUGGCGCUACACCGGCAGUGUGCUGGACCCCGGCUUCCCCAGGCAGAGCAGUGAGUUGGGGCUGCCUCGCCACCCCGACUGUGCCUUCUAUUAUGCCCCUCUGGGUCACAUGGUCAUCUUCAAGGGGUCCCGCUACUCUGUGCUUAACCUCAAUACCCUGCGCCAAGAGCCCUACUACCCCCGCAGGCUGACAGACUGGACUGGCGUGCCACAGGGGACCAAUGGGGCGCUGACCCGUCCAGACGGACGCCUCUACCUGUUCAGAGAACAACAGUUCUGGAGAUUUGACCCAGUCAAGGUGCGAGUCACCCGAGAGGGCCAGUGGGCCAAGGAUCUGAGAUGGACUGGUUGCAGCAGUGCUCCUCAGAGUAAUAACAUCCUCUGACCAGCAGAGAGAGCCGUAAGCUUUAGAGAAAGUGCAAUUUGUUGAUAUAUAUGGUCAUAUAGUAAAGGUGCCAUAAUGUUUUAAACCUAAAGCCACACUGAGUUUAUAUGUUGCCAAAGCAGCCUAACCUCAGCAAACUCAUGCCAUGAAGGGAUUAAACAACAAGGACUUGGUUAUACACACUGAAGCUAUUUUAAUAUUUAUCCUGCAGAGCAAUGGGUAUGUGUAUGGAUGAGCUAUUAUAGCCUCGUUAAUAUUUUUUAGACAAUGAAAGCUUUUUUCCAAGUUGGAACUAUGCUUUUAAAAUCAUCUGUUUUUCUCCUGUAUUAUUUGCACACUGACCGAGAAACUAAAACUAUGUUAUCACCUCUGCUCUGCAAUGUCACCGGCAUAUUGUAUAAACAACUUUUACUUAC